AUGGAGCAAGCGGCAGGAUCGUUAGACAUCAUUAAGCGAACGGGUGGCAAAACAUCAAUAGAAGCCAGGAUAAGCGCUGCUGAAGAUGAACAACUGCAAAACACUGAAGUUACGACUUUUGGGACUGGGAGUGGGUUGGGAGCUGUUGUAAAGGAAAGUCGCGUUAGUAAAAAGCCUAGCGGCAAAAAACGCAAGAAGGACCGGUGUCACUUCAGCAAAUGCGGGAGUAUGGCUUUGAAGUUCAUUGGGGAUUGCCAGUUCUGCGAGGGGCAUUUCUGUAGUAAGCACCGGUUGAUGGAGAACCAUUCCUGCAAUGGAUUACGGUCUUGCAAGGAGCAAAUGCAUCAAAAGAACGCUGAUAAGCUAGCGCAGGAGCAGACUAUCGUGCCCAAGAUUCAGAUAUGA